AUGUUUCACUGUAUCAUUAUAUUUAAGAUAACUUUUUUCAUUAGUACUGGCUUUGCGAGAAGCUACUGGGGAAGAUUUGUGGAUCUUUUUGGUAAUGAAGUGGAAUCAAAUGGGGAGCAAAAUUUCGUUUCGCUCAAGGAUGAGGACUAUAGAAUUAGAUACGAGGAACAGGACUCCUACAACUAUUCCGCAUAUGAUGAGGACAAUUCGAUUCAUUCUGAAGACGGGACACGUUAUGAGACAAAAUACAUUGAUGAAAAUAACGAGAAUGGCGAUGACGACAACUCGAUUCCGUAUCCGAAUAAAAAUCGCUACGAGACAAAUUACAGAGAAGGAGACCCCAUAGACAAUCGCGUUGGCUAUAUAUUUCGUACAAAUCAUGAUUUUCGUACUGAAGAAGGCUAUAAAGCUGGCAUGAAGGAAUUGGAAGAGUGGAUUUACAACUUCAGUCAUCAAGACGACAUCUAUGCUUCAGGUCGUGAAACAGGAUUGUUGAAUUUUAAUGUCAUUCACGAAGAGUUGAGAUAA